UAUAGCAACCAUCAAGAACUAGGCUGUGGAGAAAUUAAAGCGAAUGAUGUUGGUGAAAGAUUGCAAGGAGAAGAUAGAGCGCGUUUGGGAGAGCGAUUGAAAAAGCAACUUCAUUAUCGGAUUAAAGAAGCGAAGUCAAGAAGAGAAUUCUAUGUUUUUGGCGUAUUUAUUACUGACAAUAUUAUGGAGUUAUACCGUAGUUCUUUCUCAAAAGAAAAUGGAUAUGAUCUUGUAUUAUUGAGUAAAAUAAUGCUUCCCACUUUAGGAUCAACAUACACUUCAAUUGAAGAGUCGAUGGAGAUUUUAUUUAGUUUUAAGGAAUCAAUCAUCAACACAAUACAAGAUCCUUCCGAAUGUGAGCGGCCCUAUAUUUACCGUGAAUACUAUAAUUAUCUCAAACCGACCAUCUCUUUUAUUUGA